AUGCUGAGUCCAAUCAGCCAGACGUCGACUUUUUCAGCCGCGUCGGCUCUCACAAGCGUAGGUCCGUCGUCAUACCGGGACCGAACAGCAGAGCUCUUCGCUAUCGCAGAAGGCCUUCAAAAAGCACCGCCACUGCCAGGAGCCGCGAAUGGCGAUGUUACCAGUGGUUUCGCCCGAUCAUCGGAUAAGAGCCUCGCGACUGUUCCCGUCGGCGGGUCCCCAGGCGGAAUCGCCGGUGCAGGCGGUCCGGGAGCCAGCUCUGCGGGGUCUGCGGUUCAAUCAGAGUUCAACCGGAGAGCGUCGCGAAUCGGAUUGUGUAUUCAUCAGACGACGCAGAAGCUGCAGAAGCUGGCCAAACUGGCCAAAAGAACGUCGAUGUUCGAUGAUCCAACGGCGGAGAUUCAAGAUCUAACGGCGGUGAUCAAGCAGGACAUCACGGCGUUGAAUGCGUCGAUCUCAGACCUUCAAGCGCUUUGCGAGGCACAGGCAGAGGCGAGCGGCGGAAAGAAGGGGCAGAACCGGCACACGAGUGAGCACAGCAACACGGUCGUGGAUAAUCUCAAGAGCCGCCUCAUGAACACCACCAAGGAGUUUAAAGACGUCCUUACAAUGCGAACCGAGAACCUCAAGGUCCACGAGAACAGGCGCCAGCUCUUCUCCGCAACGUCUGGAAUCGCGGGUGCGUCCGGCGCGCGGCAGCGACCAGCAGCCGCCGCGCUCUCCGCCGCCCCGCCUCCGUGGGCCGCAGCCUCUGGCGCGUCGUCCUCGGCCACUUCUGCAUCACAACUAUUCAGCAACACUCCCAGGUGGGUGGGUAGCACUGUCAGGGAAUGCAUGUUGAGCAAGUUAAUGCUCACUCUAUGUCCUCUUCUUCACAACGACGUCUCCCUGUUCCUUGUCUUUUCUCUCUGCCCCACGCUUCCCUAUCCCCCGUUCUUUGCUCUGCCCGCCCCUCUCCCUGGUGCUUCUUCCUCGCCUUGCUCCAGCAGUGGCACAAGGAGGAGCCACCCGUUUGACCCGCUGCAGCAGCAGGGGCAGCAGCAGGCGCUGAUAGCGCAGCAGGACUCGUACAUGAGCAGCCGCAAGGGGAAAUGGCUAUCCGGUAAGCCACACCCCCCCCCCCCCACCCUUCCUCCUCCUCUCCUCCCAUCCACUCCCUUCCUCCCCAUUCCCCACUCCCCUCCUCCCCUCCCCUCCUCCCCUUCCCUCCUCCCUCUCUCCCCCCCCUCCCUCCCCUCAACCCCCCACCCUUCUCCCCUCCAACCCUCCCCUCCCACUCCCACCCCCUCUCCCCCUCCGUUCCCCUACCUCCGUCGAGCGAGACGGGACCUUGGUGGCAACUUGGUUUCGUAA